GCCAUUCUGAAGAAGUAGAAAACGACUUUAAACCGGAAUAGGGAAAGAAGCGGGAAGACGCGGCACAGCUUUCUCUACUUAAGUGCGUUUCUUAGGAUUUCGAUCUCGCUUCUUCUUUUUCUAUUGUUUCUCUCACUAUCUUCUUUGAGUUUCCUUAAUCAGAAAUAUUCCCAUUCCCAUUAGAGAUUUGUCGGAAUAACCAGAGACUUUCCUCUCUUUUCUGAGGUGUUGAUUGAUACAGCUUGCAGCUAUGACUCCACCUAUUGAGACUCCAAAUGAAGCUUCUACCUUGAAACAAUCAGCACAUCCACCUCUAAAUGAAAGAAUACUUUCAUCCUUGUCACGGAGAUCGGUUGCAGCUCACCCUUGGCAUGAUCUUGAGAUAGGACCUGGAGCUCCUGUGGUUUUCAACUGUGUUGUGGAGAUAGGAAAAGGGAGUAAGGUCAAAUAUGAACUGGAUAAGAAAACUGGACUCAUCAUGGUUGACCGCGUACUGUAUUCAUCAGUUGUGUACCCCCACAACUAUGGAUUCAUCCCACGUACUCUCUGUGAGGAUAGUGACCCAAUGGAUGUUCUCAUCAUCAUGCAGGAACCAGUUCUUCCUGGAUGCUUUCUUCGAGCUAAAGCCAUAGGCCUCAUGCCUAUGAUUGAUCAGGGAGAGAAAGAUGACAAAAUAAUUGCUGUUUGUGCUGAUGAUCCUGAGUACCGUCACUACACUGAUAUCAAGGAGCUCCCACCUCAUCGAUUGGCUGAAAUCAGGCGUUUUUUUGAAGACUACAAGAAAAAUGAAAACAAGGAAGUUGCAGUGGAUGAGUUUCUGCCUGCCACGGCUGCUUAUGAAGCUAUCAAGCAUUCCAUGAAUCUGUAUGCGUCCUACAUCGUGGAGAACCUGAGGAGAUAGGAUGGUUGGCAGGGAUUGUUGAUUCUGAAGUUCUUUGUCCUGGUACUCAUAGUAUGUUCUUGUGAAAUAAUUUCUAUACCUUGUAUUCGCACCGUUUGGUGUAACAAAACAUGUG